CCUGCGGCCAAAGCAAUUUGCCCGUCUCCGCCGAUUGGAUUUCAAUCAGCUCGCGGACAUACACAUCGAUUCUCCGGUUUUUAUCCCGGUUAGGGUUUCCGGUGGCUGACUGAGCGGGAUGGAGAGUUCCGAUUCAAAAGAUGCGACUCAGUCCGUGAGAGUCGCCGUGAAUAUUCGGCCGCUGCUCACUCCGGAGCUCCUCCUUGGCUGCACUGAUUGCAUCACCGUAGUUCCCGCCGAGAAACAGGUCCAAAUUGGGUCACAUGCAUUCACAUUUGAUUAUUUGUUUGGGGGUGCUGGGUGCCCGGCUUCUCGUAUAUUUGAUGAGUGUGUUGCCACACUGGUUGAAUCUUUAUUUCAAGGAUAUAAUGGAACUGUGCUUGCAUAUGGUCAGACUGGUUCAGGGAAGACUUAUACAAUGGGCACAAACUAUAAUGGAGAUGACAACAGUGAGGGAGUCAUACCUAGAGUAAUGGAAACUAUAUUCUCUAGGGUAAAUGGGAUGAAGGAUUCAACAGAGUUUCUUAUUAGGAUCUCUUUCAUUGAGAUUUUUAAAGAGGAAGUGUUUGAUUUAUUAGAUCAAAAUGCAACAGCAUCUUGCAAAGGUGAAGGGGCACCACUAGCAAGGGUUGCAGCUCACACUAGAGCUCCCAUUCAUAUUAGGGAAACUCCUAGUGGGGGAAUUGCACUUGCUGGUGUUACAGAAGCGGAAGUUAAAACAAAAGAAGAGAUGGCUUCUUACCUCUUAAGGGGUGCUGUUUCUCGUGCCACAGCAAGCACAAAUAUGAAUAGCCAAUCAAGUCGUUCGCAUGCAAUUUUUACCAUCUACAUGGAGCAAAAGAGAAUAGGUCCAGCAGCACUCGAUGAUGUUAGUGGUGACAUUUUAUGUGCAAAGCUUCACUUAGUUGACCUUGCCGGUUCUGAGAGGGCAAAGCGGACUGGAGCAGAUGGAACACGUUUACAGGAAGGAAUUCAUAUCAACAAGGGGCUACUUGCAUUGGGAAAUGUAAUAAGUGCCCUAGGGGAUGACAAAAAGCGAAAAGAAUGUGCACACAUUCCGUACAGAGAUAGCAAGUUGACUCGUUUGUUACAGGACUCUCUGGGUGGAAACAGUAAAACCAUUAUGAUUGCUUGUGUUAGUCCUGCGGAUACCAAUGCAGAGGAAACUCUCAAUACAUUGAAAUAUGCCAAUCGGGCACGUAACAUUCAGAACAAAGCAGUUGUUAAUCGGGACCCAGCAGCAUCCCAAAUGCAAAGAAUGAAGAGUGAGAUUCAGCAAUUGCGGGAUGAGCUUCGAUGCUUGCGUGGGGAUUCCAAUGUGCCAUCUGAAGAACUCCAGGUUCUUAAUGCGGCAUUACAAAAGGAACUUUUGGAAUGCCGGGCUAGCUGUGAGCUCUUGAGGAAACAGGCAAUUGACACUCAGGUUGAAAGGGAUAUGCUCAUGAUUAAACUUGAGCAAGCUCGCCAUUGCAAGCAGUUGGAUAAUGCUGACCCAAAUUUAGAACAGAACUUUGACAUAAUGAAGAAGUAUGUUAGUAAAAUCCACGAAUUAGAAGGAGAAUUACAUCAUCUGCGAAGAUUAAACAAUUCAAGGCGAAACGUAUCUGUUGACUAUCUUGUAUUGGAUGAUGAUGAGUCUACCCCGAAUGGGUCAGCUGAUACUGAAUCUGAGUUUGACCCAAGAAUCAGCGAAUUAAAUAGUGGAGUAGAAGUUGAGGAGAAAGAGUUGGAGCAUUCUUCUCUUCAAGAAAAGCUGGAUAGGGAACUCAAAGAACUGGACAAAAAACUUGAACAAAAAGAGGCGGAGAUGAAGAGAUUCGCGGAUGUUGACACCUCUGUUCUGAAGCAACAUUAUGAGAAAAAAGUUAAUGAGUUGGAACAAGAGAAAAGGUCACUGCAGAAAGAAAUUGAAAAACUUCAACACAUCCUUGCAAAUUUAUCAUCGAACUCUGAUGAUAGUGCUCAGAAACUAAAGGAAGAGUAUCUUCAGAAGUUGAACUUUCUUGAAACUCAGGUUGCUGAAUUAAAGAAGAAACAAGAUACUCAAUCUCAAAUCUUGAGACAAAAACAAAAGAGUGAUGAAGCCGCAAAACACCUUCAAAAUGAGAUUCAGAGAAUUAAAGCUCAAAAGGUUCAAUUGCAACAAACAAUAAAGCAGGAAUCUGAGCAAUUCAGAUUAUGGAAAGCAUCGCGAGAGAAGGAAGUCCUUCAGCUUAAGAAGGAGGGAAGAAGAAAUGAAUAUGAGAUGCAUAAGCUGUUAGCAUUUAACCAGAGGCAAAAGAUGGUUUUGCAACGGAAAACAGAAGAAGCUGCUAAUGCUACUAGACGACUCAAGGAGUUGCUUGAAUCCCGAAAAAGAACACGUGAAGUAUCAGGCACAAGCAAUGGCAAUGUCCAUGGAAGUCAGGCACUGAUGCAGGCAAUAGAACAUGAGCUUGAAGUCACUGUAAGGGUACACGAAGUGCGUUCAGAGUAUGAGCGGCAAAUGAAAGAGAGAAAAAAAAUGGCCAAGGAACUAGAAGAGUUGAAGCAAGCUAAUAUAAGUGAUUCUCUACAUCAGACAAUGUCCCCCGGAGCUAUAACUUCAAGAAUCCGUGCACUUGAAAACAUGAUUGCCACAUCAUCCAAUGCUCUUAUUUCCAUGGGAGCACACCUGUCAGAUGCGGAAGAAAGUGGGCAGCGUGAACGAGCUUUUAGCAUCCGAGAGCGGUUGAGCCACGUCAAAUCUGUUGCCGAAUCUAGAGUCAUAAUGAACUUCUUAUACGAUCUAGUAUCAUCAUCAAGAUGCCGGUUAAGGGAUAGAGAAGUUGAUUGCAUUGAGAAAGAUUCAGAAAUCAGGGAUCUGAAGAAAAAAGUGGUUAACUUAGUUGGGCAGCUUGAACUGCAAAAGACUGAAAUUAUUCGUCUGGAGAACUUGAUGUCCAAGCGUACCGUGGACAAUUCUGAACUGUGCAAGCCCUCAGGAACUGGUAAAAGCCAUAUCUAUGACCUCAGGCCAAAGGGAGGCCGUAGCUCGUUUGUCUCCCAUGUUGGGGGGCCGUCGGAAGAAGAUGACAUGGACACAUCUGAUUCCGAAAAAGAUUACUCAGACGACGAGUACGUACCACCACGGAGUGAUGCGGUGGCGGUGCCUUGCUGUUCGUGCGGCAGCAAGUCAUCGUGCAAAACACGGCGGUGGUGCGAGUGCCGUGCUGCCGGACGGCAGUGCGUUGUGUCAUGCGGUGCUCACCGGUGCAGCAACAAGGAGGAACACGGACAAUGCAGUGAAGAAAUGCUGCCGCCACCACCGUCGUCUUCGUCUACGAACCAGAUGGAUGGCGAUGGAGAAUCCGAGAAGAAGAACGACUCUUCUGAUUUGGUGUCUCAUGGCGCCAUGUUGCUCCAAACCGCAUUUUCUGACAAGUCCUUGGAGCCAAAGCUUGAAGAAGUGCCGCCGCCGGCCACCAGCUUGGAUUUUUCCAGAAGAAAGCCACUCUCUGAUAUCGGAAAUACUGUGGUGAAGCCGAACGCGCCAAAACCACCAAGAAAAACAUGGCGGAAAUCCGUGAGGAAAUCUGUUAUUCAGCUGGUUCCCGUUGAAGGACCGCAAACUUCCGAGCCUUCGACCAAACCAGACGCCACUGCGGUAGAGAAUGCGGCCACGCCCCUGCCGCCGACAUUGAAGCUGCCGCGUGCCAUCAGCUCGACAUUAUCGGACAACAAAGUACUGAAAGAGCGGAACGCCGGCGAUUCUUCCUCACUUUAUCACCACCGGACGGGCGGGGGAGAAGAUAAAGAGAACAAGUGAGAAACUGGGUGGGAACUCUUAUCUAUUCUUUGAAUUUGUGUAACUUGUAUUGUACUUCACAAUUCACAUUUUCUCUAAAUCAUUUUAUAUAUACUCUCACAUUGUAAGACCAUUGUGUCAGUCUGCCGUGUCUAACAUAUUUGGUCUGGAUUUUACCCUAAGCAUUUUGCUUAGUGUGAAUGAUAUCCAGGCUUGUUUGCCAAU